AUGAAGUAUUAUAUGGCCUCCUGGCUUUUUGUUGGUUCCAUAUUGCUGCUGACGGAUUGUAUUUCUUCAGACUUAAUUCAGCAACAAAAUGCAAUGGCAGACCUGAAGUGUGAUAAUGACCAAAUGACGAUAACACUUUUGAGGAGAGCACUUGAUGGACUUGAUGUAAACGCAUCUCAACUACACAUGUCCAACCCAAUGUGUAAUGUACAAAAUUCCUCUGGUCUGUAUUUGUCCAUAGUUCUAACAAAUGAAAACCACACUUUCUGUGGAACCACUGUGCAGGUAAAUGGCUCUCAUUUGAUUUAUUCCAAUGAGCUGACGUCGGGGACAAGCUUGGUGAACCACCCGGUGGGUCCAGGAUCUCUUAUAACCAGAUCUUCUGAUAUUCGAAUCCGCUUCUCCUGUGUAUAUAAAUAUGAUGGAGUAGUGUCUCUGCCAUACCCUCUGCUAACCAGCUCUUCGCUGGUGACCUUUGUGGUUAAAGAAGGAACGUUUAAUGUUACUAUGACUCUAUAUCCAACAUCUAAAUUCAAGCAGCCAUAUGAGUGGUUGCCAGUCAUCCCACUUUCCCAAAACCUUUAUGUCCAGCUCCAAGUUCAUGAUCAUGACCUACAGAAUUACUUCUCACUAAGAGUAGAAGAUUGCUGGGCUACACCGACGGCCAAUCCUGAAGACAAUAUCAAAUAUCCUAUCAUCUCCUCUGGGUAUCCAAAUGACACUACAGUGAAUAUGAUCCCGACUUUUAACAAUUCUCUGACCCGCUUUGUUAUGCAGAUGUUUCACUUUAUUAAUUACUCCGAAGUCUACUUACACUGCAAAGUUUUGCUCUGCCAACCUAACUCAACUGUUUUCUGCAAUCGGCCUGAUCCAUAUGCUGGACGGAAGAAAAGAGAUCUUGAAAGUGACUACAGUAAAAUUGUUUCUUAUGGACCAAUUACUCUGAUCACAGCUCCAUUAUCUGAUGUAGGAAGAGCAGACAGUGGUAUGAGUGAACUUGUACUGGUGGGAUCCGUUUCUGCAGGAGCCAUACUCUUUGCUCUGUGCUUAGUAGUGAUUGCUAAAUCCUUAAAAUGGGCAAGGAAGGUAAAUGGGCCAAACAUCUACAAAGUUCAAGCCACACCAUGACCUGUAUUUAAAAAAAAAAAAAAAAA